AUGACAGAGGUCGAUUUAGAACAAGGAGCGGCGUACGGAUAUCACCACCGGCGGUCGUUCGGCGGGAGUGACGUCAGCGUAUAUUACUCAGACGGAGAAGAUGUGACGUCAUGCUACUCUUACUUCGACUCGACGAAUGGAGGAUCGUACGAAUACGAAGGAGGAGAGUCGAGGAAAGUGUCGUCGGUGAUGAGUGCGUCGGAGAUUGAUGAUGAUGAUGAUGAUGCGACGGCGCCGCCGGAGAAAGACUGCCGGAUAUGUCAUAUGGGAGUGGAAACGAGCGGUGGAGGUGCGAUUGAGUUAGGGUGUUCGUGUAAGGACGAUUUGUCUGUUGCUCAUAGACAAUGUGCUGAAACUUGGUUCAAGAUCAAAGGCGACAAAAUCUGCGAGAUUUGCCAAUCGGUAGCCCGAAACGUGGCCGGUGCGAACGAAAUGGUAAUGUUAACGGUGGAGGAGAGAGACGUGAGAAACGGUGAGGAAACGGCGGCGGUAAGAGGCGGAGGAGCAACAACGGCGAUAGAGAACAGGUGGCAGCCGCAGAGAAUGGUGAAUAUAGUGUUAGCUUGUAUGGUCUUUGGCUUCUUCAUAUCAUGGCUCUUCCAUUUCCAUGUUUCAUCUUCUUCAUGAACCCAAUACUCUCUCUCUCUCUAUAUAUAUAUUGCUCUUUGCAAUCAAACAACAAAUUUUACCAGAUACAUCAGAUGAAUUAUUGAUUCAUUGUACAUAAUAAUUUAAAGAAACAAAAAACACAUAUGCUCUUGC